AUGCACCCAGAUCCAUCAGCGGUGGCCCUAAGCGGAAACAAGUCGUCUCUAUGGUUCGCCAAGGAGCAUCUGCCGAAAUACCGGCGGGUUAAGGCCCUCAUGAAGCAGAUUGUAGGCAGUCCGUUUUGGGGCGAAGCCGAGGCCCCGCAGGUCCGGGCCGCUGCUGUUGGGAGGGCGGCGACGGCGGCGUGGUGGUCGUCGACCACGACCGCGUUAAGCUCGCCGGCAUCCACCGCGCGCAGCCGGCCGGGCGGCCACCUGUACGAGCACGCCAUGCUGCACAAUUGCACGCUCGCCGAUUGGGCGGACCUGGCGCCCGCCAACCAGGUGGCGGCGUACGUGGCGCUGCGCAACGCGCGCGCCGUGGACGUGGACGGGGUAAUCGACAAGGCGGCGCGGAAAGGCGGGAAGCGGCGGGCGCAAAGGCCCGGCGGCAGGGGACAAAAUAACGGGCAGAAUCCCGGAAGGCUCGGGGUACUGGACCCGGGAGCGGCGGCGGCGCAAACAACGGGGAACGAUGGCGCGGGGCAGGAAGGGGAGGUUUAUAAGGCUGGGGACGUCGUUUGGGAAGGGUUUAACGGGUCCAAAGCGCAAUUUUACUGCGAAAGGGAAGGCAUGCGCGACUGCGUGUGCAAUGCUGCGGGUUAUUGCAACGUUAACGCGGGAGCGGAUUACAUUGCGGCCGGCAAAGCGUUCUCUGCCAACGGGUUUGUCCCUGCCGAUACUGGAAACGGCGAAGGAAACGGCGGAGAUGGAGGAGGCGGAAGAGGUUCCGGAAACGGAAGUGGUGGAGGAUGCGGCGGUGGGGUGGUUUUCGGAACUGGAAAUGGAGGUGGCGGAAGUGGAUGCGGAAACUAA